CACACACACACACACACACACACACACACACACACACACACACACACACACACACACACACACACACACACACACACUUUCACACACACUCACACACCAGGGAGACACCUUACCUCUCGUCUGCGAUGAGCCGAGGCUUUAAUUGCUAAAAGGAUUUAACCAAAAGCAACAGGGAGAGCUCUUCCUUCACGCUGCGGGAGAUGGAUCCUCCAUCCAAUCCGGGAGAUAGCCCGGUGGAGUUGGAGUUUACGGUGGAGAAUGUGGAGUCGGCUCUCUAUCAGCUGUAUUUCGACCCGGACAUGGAGCGUAAGAAUGUGGCCCAGAAGUGGUUAACCCAGGCCCAGGCCUCAGCACAGGCAUGGCAGUUCUGCUGGGCCCUGCUUGGUCCUGACAAGCUACCAGAGGUACAAUUUUUUGGUGCCAGCACCCUACACACCAAGAUCUCUCGUCACUGGACCGACCUCCCCACGGACCAGCAUGAGAGCCUGAGGAUGCAGCUCCUCUCCCACAUCCUUCACUUCUCAUCCGGGCCAAAAAUGGUGCUCACCAGACUCUGUGUGGCCCUUGCUGCUAUGGCUCUAAACUUAAUCCCACAGGCCUGGUCCCAGCCAGUGGCGGACAUGGUGAGGGCCUUCCAGCCACAGACGCCUGAUUCUGAGGGUGCAGAGUCUGUGCAGGAACCUCAUGUACACUGCCUGGCACUACUGGAGCUCCUGACCGUACUUCCAGAAGAGUUCCAGAGCAGCCGGCUGGCUCAGGCUCGUCGUGCCCAGCUGAGGGAGGCUCUAACUGGGGAGUGGGCGAUGGUGUGUCCACUGCUACGCCAACUGCUUCAAAGCCAGGACUCCUCUGUGCAGGUGAAGGAGAGGGUGCUCCGCUGCCUUUCCAGCUGGGUGGGGCUGGAUGUGCCAUUAGGGGAGAGUCAUGAACUGGUCCAGGACUGUUUCCCUGCACUGUCCAACCCAGAGCUGUUUGACACGGCUGUGGAGACGAUAGUGAAUGCCAUCUCACAGCCAGACUGCCAAAGGUACAUCGAUGCUCUGGUGAACUUGGUGCCUCUGGUGCUGGGUCUCCAUGACCAGCUGAAGGCAGCAGCUCAGGACGGGGACAUGGAGACCUCACAUGGCAUCUGUCGUAUUGCUGUUGCCAUGGGGGAAACACACUCCAGGGUUUUGUUGGAACAGGUGGAGCACUGGCAAGAAUAUCUGGCUUUAGUUAACAUGAUUCUUUUCUGCACCGACACCCCCGGGCACUACCCAGUCAGAGAGACCACCAGCUCCCUCACACUCACAUUCUGGUACACUCUGCAGGAUGACAUCAUGUCGUUUGAGGAGGAGAAGCAGGUUGUUUACCUGCAGGUCUACAGGCCGGUUUACUUCCAGCUGGUGGACGUGCUACUACACAAAUCUCACUAUCCCUCCCAGGAGGAGUAUGCCUCCUGGUCCUCUGAUGACAAGGAGCAGUUCAGAAUUUACAGAGUGGACAUCUCGGACACUCUGAUGUAUGUGUAUGAAAUGCUGGGGGCAGAGCUGCUCAGUAACCUCUACGACAGACUUGGGCGGCAGCUGAUGGACCCCCAGCAGUCGGCAGUAUGGCAGGACACAGAGGCCUUGUUAUUUGGCUUCCAGUCUAUAGCUGAGACCAUUGAUGUGAACUACUCGGAUGUUAUCCCCGGUCUUAUUGGUCUCAUCCCCAGAAUCAACAUCAGCAAUGUAAUGCUGGCUGACACAGUCAUGUACACCAUAGGUUCCCUUGCUGAGUGGUUGGCUGACCACCCAGUAAUGCUGGGCGGCAUAUUACCCAUGGUGCUUCAGGGCCUUGUGAAGCCUGAGCUGUCUGUGUCCAGUGUUUCCACUCUGAAGAGGAUCUGCAGGGAGUGUAGACACGACCUCGGCCCCUACGCUCAGGACAUCCUGACCGUGUCACAGGAUGUGCUGGUGAAAGAAAUCCACAAGAGCAGCCAGUGCAUGUGGUUGAUGCAGGCUCUAGGUUUCCUGCUGUCUGCCCUGCCUGUGGAGGACAUUCUGGUCAGACUUCACGCUCUCAUCACGCCUCAUGUGCAGCAGCUCGACUCCCUGGCCCAGCAGGAGCCUAACCCUGCUAACAAACAGUUAAUAAUCCACAUCCUGGGGAUGUUGUCCAGUCUCUUCACCACUCUCGACAUCAGACAUGCAGAUGACUCAGAGGGAGCAUCCAGCCCGAGACUCCCUCCCUCACCGAGCGCUCAAAAUCCAGUUGUUGUUGUGCUCCAGCAAGUGUUCACAUUGAUUCAGACCAUCCUCAGCAAAUGGCUCAAUGACUCAGAGGUGGUCGAGGCAGUGUGCGGGGUCUUUGAUAAGUCAGUUCGAACCCUCCUACACGACUUCGGUCCGAUGGUUGCUCAGCUGAGUGAAAUGCUGGGGCUGAUCUACAGCGCCUUCCCACAAUCCUCUACUCUGGACCUUGCACGGCAGAUGGUUCACAUAUUUGCAGGAGAGGAACAGCACAUCUCUAACAUCAAAAGCCUGAUUGAGUUGUUGACUUCUGCAACACUGAACAUAUUUCAGCAAGGCCCAAGGGAUCAUCCUGAUAUCGUAGAAUCAUUUAUGCAACUUCAUGCUCAGAUUCUGAAGAGGAAGCCUGAUGUUUACCUGUCUGACCAGCUGGAUGUUAAAGCUCUAUUUUACUGUGGGAUUCUGUCACUGAAGUUUCCAGAGACGCCAACAGUUAAAGCUGCCAGUCUCUUCUUUACCGAGCUGCUGCCUCGAUGCAAAGAUGUUCCCUCGCUUGGUGAAGUGUUGCAGAGGGACGGAAAGCUCCUGACAGAAACCAUACUCCAGGCGGUUGGAGGUGGGUCUCCUCGCAGUUUGACGGAGCACUUCUCUGAGGUGCUGCUGAGUCUGAACAGACACUGCCCGGCUCUGCUGUCUCAGUGGCUCAAAGAAACGCUGCAGAGUCCAGGAUUCCCCUCUGCACAGGUCUCCACUGAGCAGAAACACAACUUCAGUCAACAGCUUCUGAGGGAACAAACGCACAAGCGUCGCGUGAAGGAGAUCGUGAAGGACUUUUCUCUGCUCUGUCGGGGCAUGCAGGGGUCUGGAUACUAGAAUAAUACUCUGAAUGUAGGAGAGUAAACAACCAAAAUGUGAAUCUCUUUUAACUAGAAAUGUUCCCAAUACUUCUGGACUUUUUUACUUUAGAGGGUGACACUGGACUUUUAAAACCAUGCUAAUGAUCUGAUGCAAACACACGGAUGAAAGUGACUGUUAUCAGGGCUGACUUCUGUGCAACAUGUUUGUAGUAAGAUCACUUUGUCAUGAUAGAAAUACAAAGUGUCACAAACGGACAAAACACAAAUAAACUGUUGGUUCUUUACAGCUGCUUGAGCAACUGUGUGUGAA